UGAGACAGCGUGAGAGGGGCGCGCCAUGUUCGCCCCCCGCUGGGGCCGGGGGCUCGGCUGCCUCCGGCUCGGUCACCUCCGAGUGUGGGCCGGCGAGGCUGCUGGGCGCUGGGCGUGCGGGGCUCGUCAGGCCCGGCGGCACGGCUCGGGGGGCGGCGAGCGCCGGCCGGGGUCCGAGCCGGGGGUCGCGCCGCCUGGCCCCGCGCGCCGCGCGCUGAAGGAGUGGGCGCUGCGGGUGAGCCCGUUCGGGCGGCUGCGGGCGCGGCUGCCGUGCCACCUGGCCGUGCGGCCGCUCGACCCCCUCGCCUACCCGGACGCCGACCGCGUGCUGGUCGCCGUGAGCGGCACGGAGCGCGGGGCGCCGCACCUGGCCGGCCUGCACGUUCGGUACGACGAGGAGUCGAAGGAGGUGGCCAUCGUGUCGGACACCAUCGACCCCCAGGCGUCCGUGGAGGUGGACGCGCCCCUGAAGUUCGAUUUGAAUAUCAAGUCUUCAGGGUCUGGCUGUAUAAAAGUCCAAAAUAUUGAGUGUGAGAAUUGCAAAAUUGAAACUGAGCAGGGGACGAGCAUCUUACAGUCUGUUAAGAGUCAAAAAUUAUGUGUUCAAACGAAAGGAGGCAAAGUGAUCUGUCUGGGAACAAUUUAUGGAAAUAUAGAUAUUCAUGCAUCAGAUAAAAGUACUGUGACCAUAGAUAAACUUCAGGGAAGUUCUGUUAAUAUAUCUACUGAAGAUGGUUUGCUGAAAGCCAAGUAUCUUUACACAGAAUCAUCAUUUCUAUCUUCUGCUGCUGGGGAUAUUACAUUAGGAAGUGUUCAUGGUAAUAUAACAUUACAAAGCAAGAUGGGUAACAUCACAGUAGAUUCGUCCUCUGGAUGUCUAAAAGCCUCAACUCAUCAGGGUGCCUUAGAUGUUUAUGUCAGCCAACUGGGGAAGGUGGAAUUGAAAUCCCAUAAAGGCUCUGUUCUUGUCAAGGUCCCAUCUUCUCUUCAAGUUCAUUUACAGUUAUCAGGAAAAGAGGUCAAUGUGAGCUCAGAAGUCCAAGUUCAAGAGAUGGCCGAAACUCAUAAAGAUGAUGGUGUAAUAAUUACUGGGCUCAUGAAUCAAGGAAGCAAACUUGAAAAAUGGAUUAAGGCUGAUGCCCCAAAAGGCACUGUAAGUUUUAGAAAUCAAAGCUGGUUUCAGUCCCUGAAACUGCAGGACUGAAUGGUUGGAGCCCGGCUGGUGUGGUUCAGUGGUUGAGCGUCGGCCUAUGAACCAGGAGGUCACAGUUUGAUUCCUGGUCAGGACACAUGUACAGGUUUUGGGCUCGAUCCCCAUUAGAGGGCGUGCAGGAGGCAGCCAAUCAAUGAUUCCCUCUCAUCGUUGAUGUUUCUAUCUCUCCCUCCCCCUCUCUUUUUUAAAAAAGGAAUGAUUUGAGUUGUAUUUAUAAUUUUAAUAAUUAGUAGACCCAUGGCUACAAAAAUGCAAAUACCACUGUUCAUAUAUAAAUACUGAAAAUAACAAAUUGGAUGAGUAUUGGUGAAUUGUGGUUUUUUUGGGGGGAGGGGGAAAUGUCAAAAUUUGUACUUACCUAUUGUUUAGUUUCCUUAUUGCUCUGUAACAUAUUGCUACAAACUUAUCAACUUAAAAUAACACUCAUUUAACAGCUCACAGUUCUGUAGGUCAAGAGCAGGGGGGGGCAAACUUUUUGACUCGAGGGCCACAAUGGGUUCUUAAACUGGACCGGAGGGCUGGAACAAAAGCAUGG